CGCAGUGGUCACAGGACGUUGCAUAGCAAUAACUCACAACUAGCAAAAAUGGCCAUCUCUAUGCGCACCCUGUCGGCUAAGACUGCCGCUCCUCGCGGCUUCGCGGGCCGCCGCGUUUCCGCCGUGAGCAAUGGCUGCCGCACCGUGAUGAAGGCCGGCAACUGGCUGCCCGGCUCUGAGGCCCCCGCCUGGCUGCCCGAGGACCUGCCAGGCAACUACGGCUUCGACCCCCUUGCCCUGGCUAAGGAGCCCGCCAGCCUGAAGCGCUUCACUGAGUCUGAGGUCAUCCAUGGCCGCUGGGCGAUGCUGGGUGUGGCCGGCUGCCUGGGUGUUGAGCUGCUGGGCUUCGGCAACUGGUACGAUGCUCCUCUGUGGGCCGUGAACGGCGGCAAGGCCACCUGGUUCGGCAUUGAGGUGCCCUUCGACCUGAACGCCCUGCUGGCCUUCGAGUUCAUUGCCAUGGCCGCUGCUGAGGCCCAGCGCAACGACGCCGGCGGUGUUGUCUACCCCGGUGGUGCCUUCGACCCCCUUGGCUUCGCCAAGGACUCCUCCAAGGCUGGUGAGCUGAAGCUGAAGGAGAUCAAGAACGGCCGCCUGGCCAUGCUUGCCUUCAUUGGCUUCGUUGCCCAGCACGCCGCUACCGGCAAGAGCCCCCUGGCUGCUCUGAGCGAGCACCUGGCCAACCCUUGGGGCGCCAACUUCGCCACCAACGGCGUCUCCGUCCCCUUCUUCUAAACGAGAAGCUGACUUCUUCAAUCUCCUGACUCCACGCUUGGUGUGCUAUCCGGCGCAACGAGCUGCAUAGCAUGGCGGGCUUGCGGACCGGCUUGACGGCCCCAGGAGGGCGGCCAGGCGCGCAGGCCCAAGCAAGCGUUGUACUACACCAUCAUGAACCAAUCCUCGCGAGGGGAACCAGUUUUGGCGACGAGGCGUGUCUUGACUGACGAGCGGCUGUGUCUGCGACGUUCUGUACAGUUGUGUGUGCGAGGGCUAUGUUAUUGACCACCGCGUGAUAUGCCAUCAGCGCUUGACGCUACUGCUGCUGCGGCGGCAGCGAAGGGUGCUGGUUGGGUGUCACGAGCAGGGCUGCUAGUGCGGAGAACCCUGUAAUAUGCAAAUCGUAC